AUGGUCCCAUCUCGCGUUAUGUACAAAGCAACAGCAACAGUUAAAGAUAGAUUGAAACAUUGUCGUUACAAUCUUGAAUUCAAGAUGGCGGCAGGUUUGGCGCGAUGGUGGCGGGAAAUGUUGCGGAAACGGCCAGUGCUCACCAACACUGUGGUCUAUGGUCUUUUCUACACGGGUGCCGAGUUGUCUCAACAAACAUUCAACAAAAUCUACACGCCUGAUAAACCAGAUGUGGAUUUUGCCGCGGCAGCCAGAAUCGUAACUGCUGGAUGUGCAGUUUAUCCCGCUUCACUAUAUUUUUGGUACAGGUUUUUGGAUAAGAAGUUCGUUGGCACGGCCGUGAAGACUGUGGCGACGAAGGUGGCUGCUGAUCAGUUCAUUGCAACUCCUGUAUUGCUUGCUGGAUUUUACACAUUAAUGGGAGUGUUGGAGCGAAAAGAGGAUGUGUUUGAGGAGCUCCGAGCAAAGUAUUGGAAGACGUUCGCAGCAAACCAAGCCUUUUGGAUUCCGUCACAGACCGUCAAUUUCUACUUCAUACCUUCACACCUUCGCGUGGUCUAUGUAGCUUCUGCAUCAUUUAUCUGGAUUAACGUCUUAUGUUUCAUCAAGAGACAGAAAACUGAAAAUACUAUUGCAGAUUCUUAUAGCGUGUGUGCAAACAAAAACAUCAUCAUGAUGGGUAAUGUAGAAUUGGUGGUCAAUUGUUCUGUACCUGGAACUCUUUUUCUAAAAAAUGUGAGUGACGAACAUUUUGUGAUGAAGACAAAUACCCCUACUAAAGUUAAUCAAUCGUUGGAAAUUUUUACUAUAGCCCUUGUCACGAUUUUUAUUAAUACUGUGUUACAUUACAGUUUUUGCAAACGACUUGCUCUAACAACGUAUGCUAAAAGACUAUUCAGCAAAAAAACAAUACUAAGAGGUGUUACCCUAUUUUUGUUAAUACUAACUUUGCCAAUUACAUCGUUAAUUCUAGGAUUAGCUUUGUGUUAUAAAAUGUUGUGCACACUGUUGAUUUGGAAAAAAGACAAAUACUACGUCGGCCUUUUGGACAGUUUCGAUGUUUUCUGGAGCUUAGAACAUGAUGCUACUAUUAACGUACUAGGGGUGAUAGAAUCUGAUUCAGCUGAACUCCUUGUUCAUAAUAUCAAGGACAAGUUAGAAAGUGUUAUAUCGAAAGCUGGAGUGGAUAAAAUUUUCUAUAGGCGCAAUGAAGAAUAUGGAUUUUAUUACUGGAGAAGAUAUAGCAUUAUUGAUGUAAAUCAAUAUGUGGAAUUGCUAGAUUUUCCAGAUAAAUUUGAACUUACUGAAAUAGAUUUGGAAGAUAUAAUGUCAGAAGUGUCGUGCCAAUCUUUACCUUAUGAAGAUGAAGGACUAUUCAAAAUCUUUGUUACUAAGCAAAGAGUUUGUAAUCGUGGUGAGAACAGAUGCGCAUAUGGAAUCAUAUUUAUAAUACAUCAUUCUUUAGGGGAUGGAGUGGCUCUUAUUGAAUUUUUAUGCAAAACUCUUGCUGAUAAUGAGGAACGUAAUCCGGUUAACAUGUUUUCGGUACCAGAACUUAAAAAACAUGACACUCCGAGCGCUAUUUACGAAAUGAUAAAGAACUUAUGCGAAAUGCCUCUGUGUUUCGUUGACACGAUUCUUAGGACAUCUGACGAUAACGGUUUGCAUGGUCCAACACUAUUUGGAGAUAAAUUAUUUAAAUGGACAGAAUCAGAUGAGAAUUUGCUUUUGAUGGUGAAAGAUAUUAAAGAAAAUGUCGCCAAUGCAACAUUUUCAGAUGUAUUAGUCACUGCUCUGUCUGGAGGCAUGCAUGACUUUUAUACGAAGACCAUGGGCCAUGUUCCUGACGACUUAGGAGUCGUAAUACCAAUAAGAUUUCCCAAACCUUCAUGUAUCAACGAUGGUCAUCAGCUUUUAAAAAACGAUUUUAGCGUAACAAUUUUAGAAUUACCAGUGAAAGAGAAGAGGACCUUCAAUGAAAUUAAGCGACGAUGCGACGAACUGCGUGUUAGUGCUGAUCCUUUGUCCAACCACUACUUCAUCAAGCUAGUCAGUGUUUUCCCCAAGCAGUUCUUACAACCCAUCCUGAACAGCAGCCAAGCCACGAUGGUGUUCAGUAACAUUCCUGGCCCUUCCAAGCUCAACAUUUGCGGGGGCAAUGCACUCCAGAAAUUAGUAUUCUUCGUGCCACACAAAGGCAACACUGGUUUAGACGUAACAGCUCUAUGUUACGGCGGAGUGCUUCGCUUCGCAGCCUCCGUUGACAAAGCCUUGAUAUCCAACCCAGACCAUCUUUCUUAUAUCCUGGACGUUUGCAGAUUAUGGAGAUAG